AUGGCGGCCCCCGUGGAUCUGGAGUUGAAGAAGGCCUUCACAGAGCUUCAAGCCAAAGUUAUUGAUACUCAGCCGAAGGUGAAGCUUGCAGACCUACAGAUUGAACAGCUAAACAGAACGAAAAAGCAUGCGCACCUCACAGACACACAGAUUAUGACGCUGGUAGAUGAGACCAACAUGUAUGAAGGCGUUGGAAGGAUGUUUAUUCUACAAUCCAAGGAAGUAAUUCACAACCAGCUGUUAGAAAAACAGAAAGUAGCAGAAGAAAACAUUAAAGAACUGGAGCAGAAAAAGUCCUACCUGGAGCGGAGGACAACAUCCGAGAGAUGCUGAUGGCACGGAGGGCAC